AUGUGGAAGUCUGAGCACCCAUACUCGCACGUGAGAGCAGCCCUCAGCGUCUGCUCCCGCCACAACCAGACUCAGGCUCUCGGGUACCCAGAUGUGCCAGGCCUGCCGCACCCGCCGCCACCAUCCGGCCCCAUCCCGCUCCCCCCGCGGGCUUCCCGGGCUCACCCUCCUCACCCCCUGCUCCGGGAGGGCCCGGGCCCGUCCUGCCUCCGGGCACCCCCUCAGCUCCACGCCGCGGCCCCCGCCUUCCCCCGCGUGGAUUCUCGGGAUUCCCGACAGGCCCCCUCCAGCCGCCCUCCGGGCCGCUCCGGGGCUACCUGCUCGCCUGGCUGCCGCCAGCCCGGGCCUGCCCGCCUUCGCUCGGCGGGGACCCCAAUCCGACCCCCCACGCGAGGCCCUCCGCUCUCUCAGACCUCCGAGGCGGACGUCGGCCCACCUCACAUCCGGACCCGUGCCAGGGGUCCCCAGCGCUCCCAGCAUGUGGGUCCGGCGGAGAUGGGACUCCAGGCUGGGGGGUCGGGGGGGGGGGGGGAGCAGGUGGGGCGGGGCCCUCCUUCAGGCUGGGAGGUCAGGGAGACUGCUGGCCUCCUGGGCCCCCUGUGCCCAGCCAUCCGCCACGCCAAGGCAAUCUGCGCGUGUCCCCCCCCCGCCCCCCCACAAAGCCUCAGGUCCACCGCUUCCGACCUGGAGGCAGAGUGA